CCGCUUCACAUGCCUCAUCCCUCCCUUCCCUUCUGGUAACUUACUUACGCCCUCUCCUCCUGCCUAAUCAUACCCAUAAUAAUCACUCACUCACUCCGUUCUUGUGAACAAAGCCUUUCCCAAAAACACUCCAAAAUUUGUCCCAAAUCUCCAGCUCAGAGAGAAAGAAAAAACGUCGUUGGUUUGUUUGUUCUCUUUCUCUCUCUCUCUAUCUUGGCCUGUGGAUUUACAAUGGAGAAAGAAAUUGGACGCUGUAAAUUGCUGGGGAUUGAUGUAGAAACAACAAUAUCUUGAUGGGCUUGACAGCCUUUCUAGUCCUAAUUUGUCUGUAGGACCUUCGUGUGACCAAAAUCUAUCCAGUCCAAAAUCCACACUCCGGGGGCUUAGGUUCUAGGCAUUUUGAUUGAGAAUUGAAAAAGAAAAAUUUGGUUUUGUUGUUGUUGUGAAUCCGGUUAUUGGCAAUGAUCCUUACAUCUUGUAGACUGUAUUCUUCUUCUUCCUUGUUCACUAUAUGUGCAGUUUCAAGAUAAAUUGUUGCAGGUUAAGAUUGUUUUAAUUGUGUAGCCCUAAGGGGGAAGGAAUAGGAGAAGAAUGCAAACUAGUGGACAGUAUGGAGAGGUCCCUCAGUUUGUUGGGCGGGUCCCUGCAGUCGUUUCAGUGGCUUCUGCAGCUUCUGCAGCUCAAGCUCACAGUCACAUGUUUUCUAUGCAGCAGGACAGCCAAAUGGUUAAUGUGCAGAAGAUCAGGUUAGAAUCUGAUUCACAGGAGGCCCCUCCAUCAAAGCAGCUGAACAAUACCACCAAUAAUAGCAGCAGCAGCAAUACAGAUAGCUUUAAUAUUAAUAAGCAGCUUGUUCCGGCCAAUACAAAUGAACAGCAGCAGCAGCAGCAGCAGAUUGGAGCAGGAGGAGGAGGAGGUGGAGGUGGGGAGGAGGACGUGCUGGACUGUGAAAGAGGGUCGGUGGGAAAUCGGUGGCCGAGGCAGGAAACCCUGGCGCUGCUUAAAAUUCGAUCUGAAAUGGAUGCCAAUUUCAAAGAUGCCAGCCUUAAAGGGCCCCUCUGGGAAGACGUUUCAAGGAGGCUUGCAGAGCUGGGGUAUUACAGGAACGCCAAGAAAUGCAAAGAAAAAUUUGAAAAUGUUCACAAGUAUUACAAACGGACUAAGGAAGGGCGGGCUGGGAGACAGGAUGGUAAGAGCUACAAGUUUUUCAGCCAGCUUGAAGCCCUGUAUGGUAAUACCAACAGCAGCAAUCACGGAGGCAUUGCAGGCAAUGAUGGGAAUCUCAACAACAAUAACAAUAAAGUCACAGUGGCAAUUGGUGGAGGAGUAGGAGUUUCUGCUACCGGCAGUCUGCCUGCAGCUGCCCCAAUAAGUACAAGAGAAAUUAUGAAUACUGCCAGUACAGUUGCUUUAAAGGCGACGAUGACACCGAUGGUUAUAACUAAUCCAACAUCUGUAGUACAGCACCGGCCUGCUACUGGCGGUUCCAUGGAUUUCAGUGCCGCUGCAGCUGCUUUCAAUUUCUCUUCAGGCUCAUCUUCUGAGGAAGAAGAGUAUGACGACCCAGAAGAGUCGGAGCAGACCAAUGACCAAAACACCAGGAAGAGAAAAAGAAGUUCUAUGAUGGCUUUCUUUGAAAAUCUCAUGAAACAGGUGAUUGAAAAGCAGGAAGCUAUGCAGCAGAAGUUCUUGGAAGCCAUUGAAAAGAGGGAGCAAGACAGGAUGAUAAGAGAGGAAGCCUGGAAGAGGCAGGAGAUGGCUAGAUUGAGCAGAGAACAGGAACUAAAAUCCCAGGAAAGAUCUCUCACUGCUUCUAGAGAUGCAGCAAUGGUUGCAUUUCUACAGAAAGUCACAGGCCAGACAUUGCAGAUUCCACAAUUGCCCAGUCCCAUACAACAUCAGCAGAAUAUUAUCAGUAUUCCUCCUCCUCCGCCGCCGCCACCGCCACAGAAUCAUCAAAUCUCUGAUCAAGAGCCCCAUAAUCAAGAAUGCAAGGAAUUGGCAAUAUUUGAUCCCAACAGCAAAAGAUGGCCCAAGCCAGAAGUCCUUGCAUUGAUCAAGCUGAGAAGUGGACUGGAACACAAAUUUCAUGAGGCCGGGCCCAAGGGGCCUUUGUGGGAAGAAAUCUCUUCAGGCAUGGCAUGCCUAGGAUACAACCGUAAUGCCAAGAGAUGUAAGGAGAAGUGGGAAAACAUCAACAAGUAUUUCAGAAAGGCCAAGGAGAGCAACAAGAAGAGGCCUGAAAAUGCCAAGACUUGUCCUUAUUUUCACCAGCUGGAUGCUUUGUAUAGGAAGAAAACUCUUGGGAAUCCCGGCAAGCAGAAUAAGAUGAUUAUGGAGCAGGAUUUGUUCGGUCGUGAAGGUGGUGGUGGCGGCGGUGGUGGUCAGGAUCAGCAGAACAAAAUGAUGCAGGAGGAUCAUCACAAUCACAAUCUGAUUGAACAAAAUCUGCAGCAGCAGCAGCGGCAGGCAUGUGAGAGUAGCAGAGAAGAUAAAGGUCAUGGUGAUCAUGCUGCUGCAGGUUCUGCAGAUAUGUUACCAAUAAUGCCACCUCCUCCUGGCUCAGAAGCUCAUGCUGUAACAUACCACCAUGAGAGAACAAAUUCCUCAACCCCAAGGGAUACUUCUUCGGCUUCCUUUAUGGCCAUGGUUCACAAGUUAGGUGCAGAUCCUCCAGAGUUCAACAUGUCUACAUCCUCCAACACAGAAUAAAAGUUUUAACCCACCUUCAAAUAUAGUUUACGGUGUUAAUGUGUACCAUAUGUAUCAAUAGUCACUUGUGGGGAUCCAAGACCAGGUUGGUGGUUGGUGUUCAUGAUGAUCGCAUUCAUUCAUUUGUUCAGCAGAUCUACAAAAUGGGAAUGUUCAGAUUGCUGUCCAAAUUCUCAAGCACACACCCUAUGGUGUUUUCUGGUCUCCUAGGGCUUCUCUUUCUCUUUUUCUUUUUCUUUUUCUUCCUUCCCCCUCCUCCCCUCUCUCUGUUGAAUCCUUUUCAUAAAUUAUUAUUUGUUGAAUAAAAGGAUUUGUGAAGGUUUAUAGUCGAGAAUAUAGGUGUAGUGAUAGGUGUUUGGUACUCAAAUUUAGGAGGUGCUGCAAUAUCUAUUACUGAACGGCAUAGCUUCCAUGAUCUUCACAGCUAGACCUCAAAUAAUAAUCAUUCAAGUCCAGCUGUGAGCUACAGUAUUUACCUUAUCCGGGCAAGUGCUAAUUCUUUCAAAGAAUCUUCCAAUUAUUUUAAUUUGUGGCCCCUGACAUACGCCAAAUGUGAUUGUUUGUAUGGUUCUAAUUGUUAUCUUUUGGGUUUUUUCUGAA